AUGUUCAAAUAUACCAACAUUUUAUUGGCUUUUUUCGUUCUUUUCUUCACUGCUUUUCUGUUAAAAGAUCAGCAGAAGUUCUUUUUGCGAGAAGAGCAAAAACUGAGAGAUCAAUGUCCGCCGACAAAAUGUCCAGAAACAGAAGCGAUGGAUGCUCCUGUGAAAACCAUAACUGGCGAAGACGACGAUUCCGAAGAUGUUAAAGAAGAUGAUUCACAAAUGCCAACUUUCGAUGAUCCGCCGACAAAAGGCGAACGUGAAGCGAGAGACCGAUUAAUUGGGAAAACUUGUCCCGAAGUAUUCGAGAGGUGGCUUGUUACCGCAAACAAAACGCCUGCCGAGAAACCACCCGUGGAAAUUCCCGACGAAUUUUGGAAUGAAUACACCCUAUUUGGGAGAAUUCCCAUUGGGAGGGGUUAUAUUGAUCAUCGACUGGCUAGUGUAAAUGAUCGAGUGGGGCCCACGGCAAAGAAGUGGACUGGAAUCGACAAGCAAUUCGAGCCAGGCGCUGGCAUGUUUGCCGGGGCAACAUACGGACAUCAGACAAAAGUGGUGUUGGACGCAUUGCAAAUGUUCGAAAAGUAUAUCAAAGGCAAAAAUGGUGCCGUUAUCGGAUCACAGAGACCUUGGGCUGAAGUGUUCGCGUUGAAAGCAGGUGCGGCUAGUGUGCUCACCAUCGAAUAUCAAGAAUUGGAAAUUGAAACAAAACAGCCAAUGAAAUGGAUCCAUCCAGUCAAAUUGGCCAAGGAAUGGACUAGUUACGAGGAGACAUUCGACUUCAUGAUCAGCUUCUCGUCUCUCGAGCACAGCGGCUUGGGAAGAUACGGUGAUCCAUUAGACCCUUGGGGAGAUGUGCGUGAGAUGGCCAAAGUUCUGUGUCUUCUCAAGAAUCGUGGCCUGAUGAUCGUCGGUUUUCCUGUUGGCUCUGACGCCGUUAUUUGGAACGCUCAUCGGAUAUACGGCGCGAUUCGAUUACCGUGGAUGAUACAGGGUUUUCGUCUUUUGGGCGUGUUUUGGUAUGAUGACAAGACACGGGUCGUCUUCACUGAGGGAUUCCCAGAGGGGAAAUUGAAACUCAGCGGAAUUCGACAACCAGCUAUUGUGCUACAGAAAAUU